AACGUGUUGACACGCAUCUCAACUUUGCUCAGGUGUUUUAAAAGAAAACCCUGGAGCCACAAGUUGUUGUUUUUGUUGUUUUUCUUUUUUUUUUCCCCGGAGGGGAGGUGAAAAAGAUGCGGCGUGUCGUGUUUGAGGAAGGAGGACUAUGAACGAUCGCUGUCGGGCUGCAAAGUGUGCUUUUACCGGGGCUAAAAUGAGGUUUCGGCUGGUGAAACGGAACCUGCUGGUGCUGCUGGGGGUCGUGUUCGUGAUCCUGACCCUGCUGGUGUCCACACGUGUGUUGAUGAUCUCUGACGGGGGAGGAAGUGGAAACCAGGGCCUCCUGCACGCAGACACCAUCAAGUUUAACUACAACUCCCUGUCAGAGCUGACCCAGUCCAUCUACGGGGCCAAUUACAAGCAGUGUGUCCUCAAUGCAGACAAGUUCCCCGGAGAUGCUCAGCUGGUGCUGGUCGUGCAGGUCCACAACAGGCCCCAGUACCUCAAGCUGCUCAUCCGCUCGCUGGAGAGGGCGGCCGAGGUCCACAGCUUCCUCCUCAUCUUCAGCCACGACUACUUUUCCGAGGAAAUAAACACGAUUGUGCAAGGGAUAACUUUCUGCAAGGUACUGCAGAUUUAUUUCCCCUUCAGCACUCAGCUGUAUCCCGAGGAGUUUCCUGGGCAGGACCCACGGGACUGCCCUCGAGACACAUCCAGAGAGAACGCUGUCAAAACAGGAUGCCUCAACGCCGAACACCCGGACUCGUACGGACACUACAGGGAAGCCUUCAUCACGCAGACCAAACACCACUGGUGGUGGAAGCUGCACUUCGUGUGGGAGCGAGUGCAGGCCGUGCAGGGCUACAGCGGCUUCGCCGUCUUCCUGGAGGAGGACAACUACAUCCUACCAGACUUUUUCCAUUUUUAUAAAUCAAUGGUUGAGUUCACGAAGAAGAGCUGCCCAGACUGCGACAUGCUGUCUCUGGGUAACCACAACGCCCUGAAUGAUUUUACCACCACGUCCCAUAAAGUGCUCACCUCCGGGUGGAUGUCCACCAAGCACAACAUAGGCAUGGCCAUCUCCCGGGAGGUGUACUAUAAGCUGAUGGGCUGCAGCAACGACUUCUGCACCUACGACGACUACAACUGGGACUGGACGCUGCAGUUCCUCUCAGGAACCUGCAUCAGGAAGGGCCUCAAGGUGCUGGCGGCGCAGGGCUCCAGGGUGCUGCACACGGGAGACUGUGGGCUUCACCAGAAGGAGAACUGCAGACCAGAAUGGGCCUCGCAGAAGGUUGAGGAAAACCUUCUGAAGGCCAAGGAGGGCCUCUUUCCUCCGUCGCUCAUCCUCAGCGGCGCGGAGACGGUGGAGCACAAGACGCAUAUGAAGAACGGAGGAUGGGGAGACAUUCGGGAUCAUAUUUUAUGCAAUAAUUACGCCAAACGUCUUUGAACUCGUCUUUUCCUUUGGCCAAAAUGUUCUUCUGCAGAUGUGCCAUUUUAGACAACAUGCUGUGAUGAUCUGUGUGUCUUUUCUCUUUUCCAAAAAAAAAAAGGUCUUCCAAGCGAAGGGACCAAAUGAAAUCCAAGCAUGUGAAAUGUUGAACUUUAAUCUUUCAUUCACCAAAGCUGUACCAGUGCCAAGGCCUUUCCUGAUGGGAGCCUUUCUGUUCUUGUUUUACGUCCUCAGGUUUGUGUGUGAGUCUCACGAAACAUUAAACCUGUGGUUUAAAAUGAGGGUAUAUCUACAUGCAAUCAUUUGCAUUUAAUUUGCAAAGAUUGCAAAGUCAGUUCAUCCGCGUGGGACGUCUCGCAGUUGCUGUUUCGUGUGCUUUUGACGGUACAAUUUUUAAAAGGCCACACAUGUAAACUGACAGUUUUAAUCAAAAUGUGUUUGACAAUCUUCCUCAUGAUUGAAUGUUGGUGUUUUUGCUGCAGGUGUUGACCUACAUUAUAUUGUACAAACAAUGGGACUUGCAUUGCAACGUGGCAUUUUCUGUGUUGGACUGAGGGAGCUUUGUGAUUGUUUUAUUGAUCUCUGGUUUCAAAAGCAGAACCUGGCUUGGUUUAGCUUGUCUCUUUCUGUGGGGGGUUGUGACUGUUUAUUUGCUUUGUGAAGGGUUUAAAAGAAAAAAAAAGUGACCUUUUGAAACCAAAACUUCUGUUCUGCCUUAAAAUCAUAAUAUAUUGCUGCUUUUCUCUAUUUGCACCUUUUUUUUGAUGACAAAAAUGUCUCUUGGAGGGACAUUGGAAUGAACUGUAUUGGGAAAUUUUUAUUGAACCAUAGGAUGGAAAUGUUUCUAUUCAUGCUGUUUUUGUUGAAUUUGCCUUUUAAAAAUAGUUAAAACCAUUAGGAUUAAACAAUAGAGUUAGUGCCUUGAAAGUUGAAGCUGACCAGAAGUGCCUUUUCUCCUAAACCUGUUUUUGAAAGAGAUUUUUAGUCUGUGCUGAAUGUUAUAAACCAAGUACUGAUGCAACAAUAUUCCAGUGCUGGGAAUGUUUAUUGGUCUUUUUAAGUUUUCUUUUUAUUUUCUUUCUUGUUAUUUCCACUAAUGUCUUUGGGAAGUUCCCUUUUUAUUUGAAGCCAAAAUCUUGUCCCUCUGCUUGUUUAAAGUUAUUCCAGCUGUGGCAUUAUUCUUCCUGUGCGUCACUGACCCCCAGAUGAGAGGUUUAACGUGAUGUUGCACUGAAAUAUUUUCCAGAUUAUACUUUUGUUAAAAAGCACAACACACUUGUUUUUUGAAAACUUUGACGCGACAGUGACUCGAUAUACAAAGUAGAGCUUUUAAAGGACCCUGUCUACUGUAUAAGUCGUCGUGUGUGUGAAUUCUUUGAUUCCUGACACUGAGAAUGACAUCGAGCAUUUUUGUCACUGUUUUUUGUUUUUAUUCUGAUCAUCACUUGAAGUAGCUGGUUAUUGUACACUCUAUGCCAAAUGAGGAAAAAUAAUUCAUUUGAACUGUUUUGACCAAAAAAAAUAAACUUGUGAAAGUUUGUUUAAA